AUGGAAGCUAUCAAUAAAACUAAUAGUUUUAUCCUCUAUGGUAAUACUUCACCAAAUGUUUACAAAAUCAAAUUAUUUUUUGAAGAAUUAUCAAAAAUUGGUGUAACUUACGAAUAUCGUUCAAUCGAUAUUACAAAAUGGGAACAAUAUUCAGAUGAUUUUAAAAAAAUUAACCCAAAUAAAAAAAUUCCAGCUAUUAUUGACAAUACUUUAGAAAAACCACAUACAGUUUUUGAAUCUGGAUCAAUUUUAAUUUAUUUAGCUCAAAAAUAUAAAAAGUUUUUACCAGAUUUCCAAACCAACCCAAUCGAAAAUAGUGAUGUUAUUACUUGGACUAUUUGGCAGGUUGCAAAUCUUGGACCAAUUUUUGGACAAUUCACCCACUUUUAUAAAUUUUCACCAAAAGUAGAAGAGUAUCCACUUCAAAGAUUCCAUAAGGAUACUCAAAGAAUUUUAAGAGUUUUAGACAAUAGAUUAGCAGUUAGCAAAUAUAUUGGAAGCGAUGAGUAUUCAAUUGCAGAUAUUUCUAGUGCUGGUUGGUUAUUAUACCUAAGCCUAAUUCCACUUUAUGACUGUACUAGAGAAUCACAUAAAAAUAUUUAUAGAUGGUUAGAUUUACUUGGUGAAAGAGAAUCUGUUAAAAAGAUUUUAGCUGAUAUUCAAGAAUCAUUCAAAUCAUUCAAUUUCCAUGGUAUUCGUGCAAUUUUUACAAAUGAUCCUGAGUUAAUUAAACUAAAUGCUCCAUUAGGAAUUGAAAAUGUUAAGUUACAAUUUCCAUAA